AUGAGUACACUAGUGCAUCAAGUAGGAGCCUGUAGGCGACUAAUGCAUCUUCCUACAGCACAUCGGAUGCAUCCAUCACGAUUAGAACGCCAUCUAGCAUCAGUAGCAUCUCCCAGCUCGUCUUCUUCUAUAACCAGCAACACUGACCUCCUAACUCCAAUCCCAUAUCAAUCACGACUCGAAACCCACUACUACCAGACUAUCCUCGAAGAUCUCCUAGUCCUUACCUACGACCACUCCUCUCCAGACGCAUCGCUCGAGCACUUAUCAUCAACAUCGCCCGAAUGGCAAAACAAUCCAUCAUCACCAACCCCAUUUAUCGAUUUAUAUAGCACGCCAAGGACAAAGCUGCCAUCGUAUAACGGCGGUAUAUCAGCUGUCACGUCGUUGAUAUCGAAAGAAGCGGUUGAGGUGGAUUAUUUUAGGGUGCCCAAACCGAAAUAUGGGAAAUUGUAUUUAAAUCCGAUUGACUAUACGCCUGUAAAGAUGGACGUGUUGAAGGCUAGGCCGCCGAUACCGCCACCACCGCCGUAUGCACCGGUGCCGAGCAGGAUUGUGAAUUUGAAGACGGUGUCGUUGAGGGUUUGGUCUAAAGAGGCUGCUUCAAACAAGAAUGUAAUCCUAUCCUGCAUAAUGACACUACAAGCAAUAACAGGCGUCCGUGCAGAGCCGCUCUUCGCAACACAAGCCGAUGUAUCAAAACAAAUCCGCUCAGGCAUGGCUCUCGGAGCAUACUGCACACUCUCUGGGCCACCAGCAUUCGCCUUCCUCGAUAAACUGAUUACAUGCGUGCUACCUCGCAUGAAUGACUGGGAAGGUAUAAACCCAGUCGGGAACGGUAAAGGAGGAAUCACAUUUAAAUUAUCGGGACAGGCUGUUGGAUUGUUUCCUGAUAUUGAGCCACAUUUUGAUUCAUUCCCGAGAUUGAAUGAUUUGGACGUGCUGAUGGAGACGUCGGGGAGGACCGAUGAUGAAGCGGUGUUGCUAUUGAGUGGGUACCAGAUGCCAUUUUUGGCGGUGAAGGAAGAGGUUGUUAAGAGUGCUGAGACUGGUGGGGCGUUUGAUCCGUGGGCGCAAUUCAGGACGAGACGAGAACGAGAUACAGGCGAGUCUAUGAGAAAAACCCCCGCUCCGAGAGUCAUCAACAACAAGGCCGGGGGUGGAAGAGGAGCGAAACCAACAAUGGCUAGCAAGAAAAAACGAUAG